AUGGGCGCCGCCGCGCGCGUGGCGUUCGACGGAAUGCCGCGUCCGCACGCCGCGGUGCGGAACACGCUUACCGGCGUCUACGCACGCGUGGGCCGCCUGCUCGAGGCAUUCUGCGGGAUGAGGCUCGAUGGAAGAAGCCUUGCUCAGAAGAUUGUGCAAGUGGGAAUGGGCUUGCUUGAGUGCAUGGAAGAGCAGUAUGGUCUGGUGCCAGAUAUCGAGUUUCAUGUGCUGUUGGCGAAGUACCAUGGUGUUUCUGCAAAAAGAACCUCGCCACGUCACCACCAGUCCCUCAUGAGAUGUUUACAUUUGGAUCCCUUGGAAAACAUCGAUUGCCAGUUCCAUCCUCCUACCCCCUCCCCACCUCGUGCCGACGGCGCCGCCGCCAGCAUCCGUCACCGCCGCGCCGCCUCUCAAUUCGUCCCCUCCCCUUCGUUUCUCCGCCUCGGCUCCUUCACCGAGCCUCCGUAUCCCUCCUCCACCAGGCCGCACCCCGCACCAACACCAACAGGAUGCUGCACUGCAUCCUCGUCCCAUCUUCCCUCACGACGCCGGUUCCGGUCGCCGCGGCGCGGCACGCUGGUAUCCAAAAGGAGUAUACGGCGGCUUCAUGCCUCGACUCCGAGAAAGGAGGAUCAGGAACCGGCUGCUACUACUAAAAGCAUUAUGAUGCCUCAGGUGUGGACGAAGCAAUGCCAACAUCUAAACCCUGAUUCAGACAGCGCUACCCGUGCUGCCGCCGCUCCAUUGUUUGCGCAUUGUUGGUCCAGGUCUAUGGCCUUAGCGACGAGCUGCUCGCCAUUGUGCCCCAGCUUAUGCUCACUAUCUUCUUCCUCUACCCUGCAAGUCCUGGUUGAGCAUGAUCACAAACCUACAUAUUUAAUCUCAAAGGCCUGAGUAAAUCUGGAUCUUUUGGAUCAUGUGCUUUGCCCUCCAUUCCUCCAGUCAAGGUGAUGUUUCAUCCUUCUGUUUUCUCAGUUGUUGUUUCAAUGGCCCGUUCAUUUGGAUAUGUUAGGGAUGUGAGUUUAAUGACAGCUGUUUCUAGGCUUCCAUUCACAUGAGGUUAUAAGUACCAAUCAGUUGUAGGAUAUGUAAUGUGGCAUAACCGUUCUUCUAAUUUGGUUGUAGGAUAUGUAAUGUGUGAUCAGAUUGUAGUGAUACACUUAAUAAUUAUAUCACAUUAGAUUUAGCUCAUUCCAUAGUGGUGCCAUGGUUUCUUCCUGCAGUUUUCAUAGUGUCCUUGUAUUUCAGAUGCAUGUAGGAACAAGAAAUGAUUGCAUUGCAAAACUAAAAUAAAAUGUCAUCAUUAUUCAAGGAUUAUGUGUCCUGAAUUAUUUGGAUUAAUGGCAGUUUAGUUUCUUUUGCUGUUUGAACUGGAGUCUUAUAUAAUGCUAGAAUUCUUAGUCAAUGAUAUGUUUUACUUCUGUUACUAUGAGGAUGUUACAGGCUCAAGGGCCCCUGUUAGGCCUGAGGCGGCCAGCAGGCAUGCCAGGGGCGGGUCAGCAGGCCCUAGGAAGGGCUCCAGCUCGGCCACCGUGGGGCUCCAAUGGCGCUUAUCUUCAGGAAGUCUAGUCUUAGUCAAAUUAGAUAUUAGUAUCUUGGUUUGCUUAGGAAGUUGAGAGUUUGUUUAGGAAAGGAUGGAUCCAAUCUAUAAGGAAUCCAGUCCUAGUCGCCUUAGGCUUCAAGUCUUAGAGUCCCUAUAUAAUCGAGGGAGAUGUACUCAUUGCAAAUCAAGGAAGAAAGGAAUCUAAUUGCCCUCAACCUCUCUCUAUCCCA